AUGUCACAUCCUUUCUUCAAGUUAGUGGCUGCUAUUUUGUUCAUGGCAUCUUCAGCCACAGCAGCAGAAGGAGAAAGAGUCCUGGGUGGCAAGCCGUGCGUGCCCCAUUCUCAGCCAUGGCAGGCUGCACUUUUUUCAGGAUUCAGACUGAUCUGUGGAGGGACCCUGAUUCACCCAUCCUGGGUGCUCAGUGCUGCCCACUGCAGAAAGGCAUUCUGUCCCCCUGUGCGUCUUGGAGAGCAUCAUCUCAAGCGCCUAGACUGGUCCGAACAGCUCAAGUUAUCAUCCAAAGUCAUUGUGCAUCCCGAAUACAACCGACGAACCAUGAACAAUGAUAUUAUGCUGGUUAAACUGCUGACUCCUGCCACCUUAAAUGACAAAGUCAAAGUCCUUGACUUGCCUACCAGCUGCCCGGAGCCUGGAACCAAAUGCCUCAUUUCAGGAUGGGGUACGACAAGGAGCCCCCUAGCCAAAUACCCAGAUGUGCUGCACUGUGCCAACAUCACCAUCAUCAGUCACAAUGUUUGCCAAUCUAUUUAUUCCAAUUAUAUCAAAGGAAAUAUGAUCUGUGCUGGCAGGAUGGAGGGAGGAACAGAUACUUGUCAGGGUGAUUCAGGUGGACCCUUGGUCUGCAAUGGGAAACUGCAAGGCAUUGUAUCCUGGGGCCCCUAUAUAUGUGCACAGCCAAAUAGGCCAGGAGUUUAUGUUAACGUCUGCAGAUACAUUGACUGGAUCCAAGAGAUUAUCCAGAAUAACUGAGGAUUACAUAGCAAUUCUGAACAAACUCCAAGGGGAAAGGAAACCUGCUUCUCUUUUUGGUCAAAUUUGCUUUGUGUUAUUGAUGAUGCUUUUGACAGUCCUC